AUGUCCAAGCGGCCACCGUACUCCUACAUGGCUAUGAUCCAGUUUGCUAUCAACAGCAGGCCGAAUAGGAGGAUGACACUCAGAGAAAUUUACAUGUGGAUUGAGGAGCACUUCCCUUACUUCAGAGAGGUGGCCAAACCAGGAUGGAAGAAACUGAUGAUGAAACCAGAACAGAAAUCUUCUACCACAUUUAAUGCCACAUUUGUUCAUCCCGCAAAAUUCUAUAACAGUGGUUUUUCUGAUGUCCCUCAUAUUAAAUAUUUCUAUAUCUUCCUGUGUUUUGUCUAUAUCAUAACUGUUCUUGGGAAUGGCCUCCUCUUCUCAGUGAUUUACCUGGUCAAGACUCUUCAUACUCCUAAAUACAUGAUUGUGUUCAACCUGGCUUUGACAGAUUUGUGUGGGAGCACUGCUCUCAUCCCAAAGCUCUUGGACACAUUUUUGUUUGACAACAGAUACAUUGUCUAUGAGGCUUGUUUAACUUAUAUGUUCUUUGUUGUAUUUUUUGGCAGUAUGCAGUCAUGGACACUUGUGAUUAUGGCAUAUGACAGAUUUAUAGCAAUUUGCUUCCCUUUAAGGUACCAUAGUAUUGUGACCAAACCAGCUAUUGCUGUAAUGCUGUUGUUUAUGUUGGUUUCUAUUUCAUGUCUAAUAGCGUGCAUGGUUGGGCUAAUUGAUCAUCUCUCCUUCUGUGAUUCUGUGGUGGUACAGAGUUUUUUCUGUGAUUAUGGACCAGUAUGUCGUCUGGCAUGUAAUGACAACUCUUUAAAUUACAUAAUGGCAGUUUUUCUCUUUACUGUAAUGUUGUGUUUUCCUCCUGCACUAAUUGCACUGACAUAUAUUUGCAUUGCCAUAGCACUAAGCAGGAUUGCAUCAGGAAAGGAACGAGUCAAAGCUUUUAAAACUUGUACUUCUCACCUGCUUAUUAUGGCGAUUUUUUUCCUUCCUAAUCUUAGCACCAACAUAGCUGCUCUGACCUCCUACAUCCAUCCUAAUGCCAGGAUCAUAAACUAUACUUUGAUACACACUGUACCACCUUUGCUUGAUCCUCUUAUAUACUCUUUAAAGACAGAAGAAGUGCUGAACUCUAUUAAGAAAAUUUGCAAGAAAAAUGAGAUUAGCAGCAUAAAGCUUUCCAAAAAGUGA